AUGAUAAGAGAUUUCCAGAUCGCGCCCACCGAGGACGAGAUUUCGAAAUACUCCGGCUAUUUGGCCUCGUCCUUUGCCUUCUGCCAAUUCUUGUUUGCCAUGCAGUGGGGCAAGAUGCUGGACAGAGUGGGCCGGAAGCCUGUCUUGCUCUGUGGUCUUUUCGGCACUUCCAUCUCGCUUCUCUUGUUUGGGUUCAGCACAAAUUAUUACAUGGCGUUGUUUGCCCGGAGCUUGGCAGGUGUCUUAAACGGGAACAUUGCGGUUUUGAGAACGGCUAUCGGCGAGAUCUGCACCGACAAGAAGCACCAGGCGCUAGGCUUCAGCACUCUUCCCUUGCUUUUCAACUUCGGGUCUGUCAUUGGCCCCUUGAUAGGCGGGUCCAGGCUUUUCACCAACCCCAAGCCUGACAGUCCAUACCAGAAGGAACGUAUUGAUCUAGCCUCGUCCUUCGGCUCUGCAUCGGCACUCCUGGGAUUCUACAACGUGAUUCGAGACAACUAUCCCUAUGCAUUGUCCAACAUCAUUGUCGCAAUGUUUCUCUGGUUCAGUUGCGCUAUGGGCUUCCUAUUUCUCGAGGAGACAAACGAAAAGUUCUUGAAGAAGCGAGACAUAGGUCUCGAGUUGGGGGAUCUUGUGACUGCCUUUCUAUGUGGUGGCGAACGCAAAGUGCGGCCGUGGCAACAGAAGAGCACAGCCGACGAAGAAACGCCUCUUCUCGAAAAUGAAGAGGCACGCCGCCCCUCAAUUACACUGGCGUUUUCUUCCCCGCCAAUCACCACACUGCCUGUAAGUGACUCGGAAUCAAUUGAAUCUCUCAGUGAUGACUUUUUACACUCAAGGCAAAACAACAAGGCUCAAAAUUCUGGCAACAGCCACCCAGCUGAUGCGGCUCUUCUCGACGAUGAAGAUGAAGUCGAUGCCAUUGGUCCUUACGUCAGCAAGACGAUGUCCGACGCUAUUGUGAGACGGUAUUCGCAGUCAUCAGGCAGGCAACCAAAGCCCCAACAACUCACGCCGGAAGUGGUCACUGUCAUUUUGUCAAACUGUAUCAUCUCGCUCCACUCCAUUGCAUAUAAUGAGUUCUUACCGGUGCUUCUUGCCGGGCAGUUUCGGAAAAGCUCCCUACACUUCCCCUUCACCAUUAGCGGUGGAUUCGGCCUAGAGUCCUCUUUUAUUGGCAUGCUCUUCUCUUCUACUGGAAUCAUUGGGAUGUUGAUCAUACUUGUGAUUUUUCCGUGGGUAGACCGCACUUUAGGAACGCUUCAAGGGUUCCGUUUGUCGCUUUGUUUUUUCCCGCUUGUAUACACCUUGGUCCCCAUGACGAUCUUCACGCUCCACAAUUACAACACAGUCUUCCCAUCUUGGGCGACUCCCCUUUCCUUGUACACCCUCACUUCGCUCAAGACCCUUGCAACCGCAACGGGGCUACCCCAAAUAAUGAUUCUUAAUCAUAGGGCUGCGGCGAAGGAGCACCGUGCUUAUGUGAACUCUCUUACUAUGAGUAUGUUGGCAUUUGCGCGGUUCCUCGGGCCAAUUGUUUUUGGUUAUUUGAUGACCUUGGGCGACAAGCAUCAUAUAGGCUGGCUCUCGUGGUGGUUGAUGGCUUUGAUGGCCCUUUUAGGGUUUUUGCAAUCCUUUUUCAUGCAAGAUUAUGAAGAUUGA